ACUGUAAUGUAAUUUAUUAGGAAUUGAAAGAGAAAGUGGGGAGGAUUUUAAACAGUUCUGCUGAGACAGGGUGCUGCAGUGUAGAGUAAAUAGUUAGUUACCCCGCUUUAUUACACAAACCGAAACAAAGUCCGGUUUCUUAAAUUAGGAUGAACCCGUCCUCCUGCGACACCUUUGUGGCUCUGCCUCCCUCCACGGAGGGCCAGCGCAUUAUCUUCGGGAAGAACUCGGACAGACCCUGCGAUGAAGUUCAGGAGGUGGUCUACUUCCCCGCUAAGGACUACAGUAAAGGAGAGACAGUAGAGUGCACAUACAUAGAAAUAGAGCAGACAGCUCACACCUAUGCUGUCGUCCUAAGUAGACCAGCCUGGCUCUGGGGAGCUGAAAUGGGGGCAAAUGAACACCAGGUCUGCAUUGGGAAUGAGGCUGUGUGGGGGAGAGAAAGUGCUGACCAUGAGGAGGCUUUACUUGGCAUGGACCUAGUCAGACUCGGACUGGAAAGAGCAGACAGUGCAGAGAAGGCGGUGGAUGUGAUUGUGGAGCUGCUGGAUAAAUACGAGCAGGGAGGGAACUGCAUGGAGGAUGAAUGCACAUUUACCUACCAUAACAGCUUCCUUAUAAGUGACCGCACUGAGGCCUGGGUGCUGGAAACCUCUGGGAAAUACUGGGCAGCAGAGAGAGUUGAGAGUGGAUAUAGAAAUAUUUCUAACCAGUAUUCCAUCACCACCAAAAUUGACAAGGAGCACCCAAAGAUGCGGGAAUACGCUAAAGAAAAAGGCUGGUGGGAUGGUGAAGUGGACUUCAGUUUUGCUGAGGUUUACUCCUUCAUGACCGAGGGCCGCAUAGAAGCCGCCGGGGGGCGCUAUUGCGAAGGCCGCAGACUGCUGGAGAAAAGCAAAGGCCGCAUCACAGCCCAGACCAUGAUGGACAUACUGAGAGAUAAAGAGAGUGGCAUUAAUAUGGAGGGUAUGUUCAUGACAACUGGAAGUAUGGUGUCUGUGAUUCCUAAAGAUGUGUCGCUUCCUGGUGUCCACUUCUUCACUGCCACACCUGACCCAGAAAGGUCUGUUUUCAAGCCUUUUAUCUUUGUAGCUGACAUAAAGCAGUUGAAGCACACAUGUUCCCCAUGUUUUGGGGAGGAUGAUCCAGUAAAGAAGAAGCCUCGCUUUCAGAGUAAACCUAACCGUAAACACCCUCUGUUCCUAAAGCACGAGGUGGUGGCUGCUAUAAUAGACAGCACAAGGGAGAGAGGCCAGAAGAUCCUGCAGAAAAUGAGAGAGCUGGAGGAGGAGACACUGGCAGAAAUGGAGGAGUAUCUGACUGUGGGUGUGGAGGACUCUACACUGCUGGUCUACCUGUUCUCAAAUACUGUUGAGAAAGAGCUCAAUGUUUACAGCCAAGCCUGAGCCAGACUGAGGCACUAACAGAUCAUUAACAGUGAUCAUAUAAAA